AUGGAAAGUGGCAACCACACCAGCCGCCCCGAUUUCCUCCUGAUGGGUUUGUCCACUCGGCCAGAGCAAGAAGGCUUCCUCCUGGCUCUGUUCCUCACCCUCUAUCUGCUGAACCUGGUUGGCAACCUGCUCAUUAUCCUUCUGAUCCGCUCUGAUGUCCAGCUCUCUUCCACUCCCAUGUACUUCUUCCUCAGUCACCUCUCCUUCGUGGACAUCUGCUUCACCUCCACCACCAUCCCCAAGAUGCUGCACAAUCUUCAGAUGGGGCGCAAGAACAUUGACUUUGCCAGCUGCAUGGCCCAGUUGUACUUCUUCAUGGCCUUUGCCAUCACUGAGAACUUCCUCUUGGGCUCAAUGGCCUUGGACCGCUUUGUGGCUAUCCGCCAGCCAUUACACUACCUUUUGCUGAUGAAUCCAGUCCGAUGUAGUGUCAUGGUGUUCAUCGCUUGGGCUCUGGCCCACCUCCACUCCUUCAUGCACACACUGCUGAUGUCCCAACUGUCCUUCUGUGGACAUCACAACAUCCCCCAUUUCUUCUGCGACUUCCAGCCCUUGAUAGUGAUGGCGUGUUCCCAGAAGCAGCUGAGCGAAAUGUUGAGCUUCUUUGAAGGCGGCACGAUCAUCAUCGGCAACUUCAUCCUUAUCCUCAUCUCUUAUGCUUUCAUCAUCCAAACUGUGUUUCAACUGCCCUCGGCACAAGGCCGGAGUAAAGCCUUCCGUACCUGUCUUUCUCACCUGACCGUGGUCAUCCUCUUCUACAGCUCUGCGAUUGGAGUCUACUUCCGGCCCCUCUCCAGUUAUGCUGGGGACAAGGACAAGGUGGCUACAGUCAUGUACACUGUGGUGACCCCGAUGCUCAACCCAUUCAUCUAUAGUCUGAGGAACAAUGACAUGAAAGCCGCCCUACGCAGAGGUCUGGAGAAACUCAGGGGAGGCCACAGGACGCGAAACCUCGAGGGGAAGAACCCCGUGACGAUGACUUGCCAGGGAUGCGGGUGUUGA